UCAGCCUAGUCUGCGACUUCCCUUCCUCGCUGGCGGCGGCCUGGAGCAAAGGGCGGGUGUGCCGGCGUCUCCUUCUUGCCCAGGUCCACAGGCUCCAGGGCUCGGAUCCUCGACGGCGGCUUCCGAUCAUGGGCGAUCCACAGCCGGUGGAGAUCGACGGCGGCAUCAUGGAAGGGGGUGGCCAGAUCCUGCGCGUCACCACAGCUCUGAGCUGCCUCUGUGGUACGCCCUUACAUGUGAAAAAUAUCCGAGCCGGCAGGAGUCAACCCGGCCUUAGGCCUCAGCACCUGUCAGGAUUGAAAAUGGUUCGCGACCUUUGCAACGGGCAGAUGGAAGGUGGAGAAAUUGGAUCGACCGAAGUCACUUUCGUGCCAGGGAAGAUUCAGGGUGGAACCCACGUCGCGGAUACCAAAACAGCGGGGAGUGUCUGCCUGCUGAUGCAAGUUGCAAUGCCCUGUGUGCUCUUUGCAGCCUCUCCAUCGGAGCUUCGUUUGAAAGGUGGCACCAAUGCAGAGAUGGCUCCCCAGAUCGACUAUACGGUGAUGGUCUUCAAACCAAUGGUUGAGAAGUUCAAUUUGACCCUGGACUGCGAUAUAAAAAGGAGGGGCUACUACCCCAAGGGGGGUGGCGAAGUGAUCAUACGGAUGUCGCCUGUUAAACAGUUGAGCCCAAUCGACUUAACCGACCGCGGCACCGUGACCAAGAUACACGGAAGAGCCUUCGUAGCUGGAGCUCUGCCAGUCAAAUUAGCAAAAGACAUGGCGUCGGCGGCAGUGAGGUGCAUCAGAAAGGAAAUCCGAGACCUUGACGUCAACAUUGAGGCCGUUCGAGAACCGGAUAAUGAGGCCUUUGGAACCGGAAGUGGAAUAAUAAUUGUUGCAGAGACUUCCACAGGUUGCUUGCUGGCUGGAUCAUCGCUUGGUAAAAGAGGUAAAAAUGCUGACAAAGUUGGAAUCGAAGCCGCUGAGAUGUUGCUUGGAAAUCUUCGACAUGGGGGAGCAGUGGACGAUUAUCUGCAAGACCAACUAAUCAUUUUCAUGGCUUUAGCAAAUGGCCUCUCCAGAGUGAAAACUGGACCAAUUACUCUCCAUACAAAAACUGCUAUACAUUUUGCAGAACAGCUGACAAAGGCUAAAUUUACUGUGGCAAAAUCAGAAGAGGACGCUUCGCCCAAAGAUGCCUACAUUAUCGAGUGCCAAGGAGUUGGACUGCUAAACACCAAUUUGUAGCUGCUGCUGUUUGUUGGAAUGGUUUAAUUAUUAUUAUUUUGGCUUUGUUUUUGUUUUGCCUUUAAAAAUAUUGCUGACAUCCUCAAGGGAGAAAAGUGUGAUUAGUGUUAGGUUUGAAUUAAUUCUAAUAAAGGACAUCCAUUUUGGGCUCUCUAGAUAAUAAAAAGCCUAUAUUGCUGCUGUUAAACACAGCAGAUGAUCAGUAUAGAUCACAGCAGAGUGGGGGAAGCGAUAGCCUCGGCUUUUAAAAACGGACUUCUGUGAUUCGGUCAUUCUUGUCCCCUGUUGGGAGCUGAUCAUAUGGAAUCCUUCACGUGCGUUGCAACAAAAAUGUCGACAAAAAGUCAUUUUCAGCAGUUUCUGUUCACAUCUCUUUUUUUAUUUCUGUAACCCUUUCUUGCACACGACUACAGAUAAAAAUAAAGCAGUCUCAACAGAUGAA